GCAAAAUUCGGGCAACUCGAACUCCUUGUAAAAAAAAUUAAUUCUAAAAGUUUUAUUUCCUUUGACUUACAAGCCGAAAUUUUGAAUAUCUUUUCAAGGAUACCAGAGGGAAACGUAAACCAAGACGCUUUUAUUUUGCUUUCCUCAUAAACAAAGCCUUACGGCAUGUUUUACCCCGAUUGGCAAUCAGCGGGAUGCAUACCGUGCUUGCAUAAAUUUCGUAGAUUCAGUGUGGAGCAACUGCAGAAUACCCGUCCACAAAGAGUUAACAAUCAGAUUUCACACCUCGACUUCUCGAGACAGUAACUGCGGGAUGCGGGAUAACAGCCUGUGUCCGGACAACAUUAAUUUAUAAGGGAUACGAAGAAUUUCCCACUGAUCGGACCUAUCCGCCUCCGCCAAGGGUGUCAGCGAUGUUCCCAGAUGAGUUCAAUAGUGUCCCAUGAUGCCUCAUUCCACUGUCCCGUUUUGAUGAAACGCAAGCUUUACCAACUCCUGUGCAGAGCACGGCCAAGACUUGUUAUUCUGUUCGCACUGUUUACUGGACUUGUAUACUUUAGUCUUCUGAACACCAUAACUGUCAAAGAACUUACUUUGGGACACAAAGAUGAUAGACACAGGACGAAACUGAUCUCCAGUAAGACCUGCCACUCUAAAGUAAAUCUACUGAUCCUAGUAUCGAGCUAUGUUGGCAACGCUGCCAGGAGGAAAGAAAUCCGCUUUACCUGGGGUACGGAUUUUUUGCCAACACCCCGAUGGAGAACAGUGUUCCUCAUAGGCGCUAACGAUAACCAAGAGGAGAUGAGACUGAUGGCAGCUGAAGAUAGACUCUACGGUGACCUGAUUACGAGCGAGUACAGGGAGGGUUUUUUUAAUAUGAGCUAUAAAGUAGCAAUGGGUUUUGAGUGGGCGAUGCGCUACUGCCCGUUUGAUUUCAUGCUCAAGUCGGACGAUGAUGUGUUCGUGAACCCGUACGCGAUGCUACAGUACUUAGCCAAGUCAGCUCCACGAAGUAACCUGUACAUGGGGAAUCCCAUGAUUUUCAGCCCUGUUCUCCGGUCCGGUCGUUACGCUGUGUCGGAACAAGAGCUAAACAAGACGUAUUUUGAACCGUAUUGUAGUGGCGGCGGCAUACUGAUGUCUUCAGAUGUGGUCAGAAAAUUCAUGGAGUUUUACGAUGUACAGGCGCCGCUUAAAAUAGACGAUGCCUACUUGGGUGAGCUUGCUAAGAAAGCGGGAGUCCCUGUGAAGGAAAAUGGCAACUUCCGUAUGUACGAGGACAGCUGCGUCUUCCGUAAUUGGACCUUAGUUCAGCAUCCUGCAAAGGGCGAUUGCCUUCAGAAACUGUAUAAAGGGUUGCAAGACGUGCUGUCCACGUACGAUCUGUACAGUAUAUAGCAGGCAAAAGUCAGCAAAGUAAUAAUUACCAAGCAAUUAAAAUAAGAUCUGACUUUUCCCAAGCAAUUAGAGAGACGAUCUAUUCUACGGACUAUGGUAGGCAAAACUCAAAAUAUUUUUUCUAGCAAUAACAUGUAGAGUUUUACCAAACACAUACGAUCGCAGUAACAUAUACGUUUUCUAUGGUCUUAAUUAGCAGUCAAAAAUCUGUAUUACACCAAUCAUUUUUAUUCAUCCUAGAAAGAAAUUAUUUUUUUCAAUUAUGAAAACUUGGAGUCUAUCUAUAGCGGGUUUGGCAUGGUAAUCAGGUAAAAUAAAUGGAAAAAAGAGUGUGAUGAAACCCAAUAAGCGUAACACAAAUCACGACUAUGAUAACUACAAAUAAAUCUCAAACGCUUCGAAUUGCGAAGUCCUAUAUGUCAUAGGCGCUUGUUUAAAAGCUCUAACGUAAACUCCAUUUCUUAUUAAUCAUUUGGUACUACAAAAUUCGCCAAUAGAUGGCUUUUUUUUCGAAAAGUGUUCGAAAUUUGUUUCAAUGAUAGGCUUUUGUUUUUAAUACCGUGUGGCCAAGUGUCGCCACAUCUUACCAAGAAUAAAUUUUGAAACUUUUGUUUGAUUGAAACAGGGGGCCCUCUUAUUGAUGUAGAGGUGACAAUCACUAUACAAAUCAUCAUUAUUAGAAAGCAUUGGAGCAAAACGUUGUCUGAAAGAUAAACCUUGGUUUGUUAUAUCUAAGAAUUUAAGAGUUUCAUAAACAUAUUUAUUUGUGUAAUUAUGACACAUCUGUUUUGGGGGUUUACUAUUGAAGCCUUAUUUUCUCGUUAAAUUUAUUAGGGUGAUGAAAGUGUUAAGUACUUCACAUUCGCCCGCUACCGAUGAAACUGCAUAAAAGCAAACGUUUUCUAAUUUUUUAUUUAAAGGAAUUGGCAGAAUUUUAACCCCCCCCCCCCCCCCCAAAAAAAAGGAGAGUUUGUGCUUCUCAUCAGUGUUAUAAUCAGUGUUAUAACAUAGCAUUUAGGCAAAGAGUAAAAAUUAUACAUAUAUUUAAAGGUGGUAUUUUAUGGCAGAAAUAAAUGUUGAUUCUUUUCAGCGCAA